CCUCCAUGAAGGAAACGCACGGAUCCUAUUGGCCGCGGUUCAUAUUUUAAACAACAAUUUUCGGCAACGGGUACCGAAUAGAGCAUGAGAAGUGUAUAUUUCAUGGAGACUAUACAAGGAACACGAACUUCAUGUGUACAAAUCGUUUCCCAAAAUGAGAGGGCCUAUAUAGUAUAAGUGCCGAAACUAGUCGGCGGGGAGCGGAGUAUAAGGCGGCAGUGAAAACUUACUACGAAUCACAUUGCAAGAUCAUCGAUUAGUCGAACUUGGGCAUCCCGGCAACCAAUUACACUCUGGUGCUAAAGAAACCUAAUGUGUAUGAUUACUGUUAACAAGUUUUUUCAAUUCACGCAUUUCAGUUCUCACUCCUUGUAUAGUCUCAUGUGUAUAUUUUAUAAACACGUCUGACAUAAGGUACACGAGUAUCUUCGCCGGAAAAGUUAUAACUGAACGAAAGCUGUGAUGGAGCAAGUGCAAUGGUCAACGCCAAAUAAAAGUGAUAUAAAUCGACACGUGUCGCCAAUAGAAAGUCCCCGUAGUCUGAGGACUCCUGUAAAACAAUAUGAGUCUAAACAUAAACAAACUGCAUAUCAGAAUAGCACUGGUGGUUUUACUGUUUUGCCAAAUCACAUCACUCCACCGUCUGGGAUCACAAAGUUCAUAGCAAAGAACCCGUUCGAAGCAAACCUCACUAAUAGGCUACAUUUAUCUGUGAUUAGUCCCACCGUGUUUACUCAGGUUUCUAGUCCGGGACAAGACUCGCCCAACUUCAUGUGGAGCGUUGAAGAACUGGCUCUUAUUAAACCAGCUCGGAUAGAAGAAUCUCCUGUUCAACAAUUCCAUUGUUCAGAUCCUGAGAUUGAGAUUAAAGCGCAGGCUGCUAUUGAUAAAUUUUUUCGUGAAAACAAAAUAUUCCCAAGUCCAUGGGAUUCCAAGCGGAAAGACUUGAAAAAAAUUGAAAUUUCGACACCCACAAGGCCUCAAGAAGACUUGAACAGCACAAGAGAUUCUCAUAAAGCAAAAAAAGAUAUUCAUUUACUUACAGGCUGGACACAAACUCUACUUUCUUUACCUCCUGAUUUACCCAAGGAUUUAGAGGAAGCUCUGAAGCCAUACUUCACAUUUACACAGGAGCAACAGCAAGUCGAAAAUGAUGAGGCUAAUUUGAGCAAUAGUUCUCUACGCAGAAAGUUGUUUUUCAAUCACGAUGAUAAUCUUGAAGAUGAUCAGUAUAGUUUGAUGUCACUUUCACCUGUACAAUCCCACGGUUUAAUGAAAUUAGGUGUUACUUGUAGCCCCACUCAAAGUGGCAUGCUCUUAGAAGGAUUACCUCUGAAGAGAAGUUCACGAAAACUUGAGCGUGAUCACGGUACACCAAUAGCUAGCGCCAGUAAUUUAUCACCUCCGAGUAUCUCUCCAAUUGGUAAUAAUAAUAGUAACAUCUCAUGUCAAAGUAUCAGAUCUCGAGUAUCUCGUUCUGUGGCUAGGCUAGAUUUUACGACUGACAUGAGCAUCGAGGCUUCUGUGACUGAAGAGAAAAAGACUGACAAAGAUGACGAGCAUAAUGAUUCAAUGUUUAGUUAUCGGUCAACUUUAGGUGCUUCUAUGCUGUGCACCAAAUUGAGUAGCUCUACUGAAGACAUAGAUAAAUUUGUAGAACCACAGAAAUUGAAAAAUCAGACAAAACCGAAUGAAACUAUCGAGAUGAUACUAUUAGGGGAUGAGACAACACAAGUUGAAUAUGAAGAUCGAAUUACGGAAGAUUCCUCUCUCACUCAUCGUCAGCAAAAGGAAACUGUGAAUCGUUUAAAGUUAGCUGCGGAUUGGUGCAAAUUGCAUUCCAACGAGAGUUAUGCGUAUCAGAACAACACAUUUGCAGGAAUUUCAGGGCAGCAAAGUACUUUUAAUUUUGCUCAAGAUACUGGCUAUCAAACUCAAAGUAUGAAUAGUACCAGUAUGCACGAAAAUGCCAAUGCUUCUCCAACUAAAAGCAACAUCCGAUGGGACGAAAGAAUUUUGACACAUGAUGACGAAAUGCACAUGUCCGAUUGGAAAAGAAACAUACAAAACAUAUACAGUUCAACUCCGUCAAAGAAUCAAAGCAGAGACAAUUGAAUUUAUAGAUAUGUGUGAGGUUCUACACGAAGUAUUGAAUGUAAUGUGCAUAGUUUUAUUUUGCAUGGCAUUUAUUGAUGUAUAUGUGAAACAGGCAUUUCGGCAACAAUAAGAUAACAAAGUUUGGCGAUUAGGACCUGCAUAUUCGCCAUAUGAUAUAAAUUUUCAAAUACCGGUAAUUAGUAUAGAAGUUUAUUAUGUGUUUGUAAAAAAAAUUCGAUUAUUGAUUUGUGUAAAUGUUUAUAAAUUGUGAAAUCAUAUGACUGCCAUAUUAGUUGGUUAAGUUUCAUACUAUUUAGAAUAGUAAGGCUACUCUAGUAUUAUUCAUCUAAUUGACCAGUAUUUCCUGCCACAAAAUUAAGUUAGGUAUAAUUGUAAUCAAAAUGUUUUACACAUUUUGUAGAAUUCUUGAAGUGGAUACUUUCUACUCCAAAAUGAUGAACUUCGACUGCAAUACAAUUGAAGUUUCAAUUUCUUUCAGUUUCUUUACCCUAAAUAGGGACUCCAUGCCAAGUAACAUUAUAUGUGAAAUUGAGCUACAGAAAUUUGAUUUUAUAUAAUAGUGCCAAAAGAAACAAUUUAAUAAUUUAGUGUGACAUGUUAAUACAAGUAGAAAUAAAAAUAUAUAUACAAUAAAACUUACAACUACCCAAUAUAGUGGAAAAUUAUCAUUAAUUCAUUAGUCUCAGAGUAAAAGAGUUAAAAAACCUUUCAACCAUAUAACAUCAUUAUUGUAUAAAUACAUCAAGGAUGAGUAUCUCGUAGGUAUGUGACAUACAAAUAUCAGAUAUCUCACACCGUCACUAAACAGUAAACACAACGCGAUCGUAGCGCCAUCAUUCUCGAUCCUACUCAUCUCUGCUUUCGACAUCGUGACACGAAAGUUGACGACAGUCGCUAUCGAAGAUCCUCUCAGGCUCAUUUCUGCGUAUUAUUUAAAGUUCAAACCUGUUGUCACCACAAAUUGUCUAUUUCAUUAUUGUAUUUUGUAAUAUUCAACAAACGAAUUUCAUUAGAAAAAUACAAUGAACAACUCUUCUGAUCCUCGUCGUCCCGAUAAGGAAGUUCGAUACAAGCCGAUAGUAUCAAAUAGCCAGGCUCAGCCAGGAGAUGAUUUGACGCCAGAUUAUAUGAACAUUUUAGGAAUGAUAUUCAGUAUGUGUGGCUUGAUGAUGCGACUUAAAUGGUGCGCCUGGGUCGCUCUUUACUGUUCAUGCAUCAGUUUCGCCAAUUCCAGAGCGAGCGACGAUACCAAACAAAUUCUAAGUAGUUUUAUGCUCUCUAUUUCGGCUGUUGUUAUGUCCUAUCUUCAAAACCCACAACCAAUGAGUCCACCCUGGGCAUCUGCGAUGCAGUAGUAAGUUGUAGGAUAUUUUCACUUUGUUGUAUUGUGAAAAUUCUCAUUCUUCAAAUUUGCAAUAACGUCUAUUAAGGAUCCACUGUACUGGUUGAUCUGUCAUUCCACAAUGGUGUACAUAAUAGUUGAUCAGACAAGACUGCUAACUAAUAAGUUUAUGCCAUCUUUGUACUAUUUGUAUUGGAUCACAACUAUUAAUACUAUGGAUUAGCUGUGCAAACUUGAUCAUCACUGGUAUCAAAUAAAACUUUUAAUCAACUGUUAUGUUCUGAA